ACAUCGCCCUUUCAGGUCCAUGAUGGUUCGCUAUGCCCAGGUGGGGCAGGGGACACCUUUCCCAGACACGCCUGAUGACCCAAAGCACUUAGGCACCUUUAUCGCAGGGCCCCGACGCAAACGGGGCAAGGGCGAGGAUAUGGAUGAGGACCCGCUGCUGUCCUGCCUCUAUAAGAUGACCUUCGGCCCCGCCCAGCUGUACGUGUACGCCCUGGCCUGGGUGGCGGCCUUCGUCUGUGCCCCCGUCUACGUGGACUACAUCUUCCACGUGAGGGUCCUGCCGCACCGGCUUGUGCAUCACUCAAGUUUCGUGCAAGUCAAGAUGAAAUGUAAUGGGAUACCUACGUUACUGCUGGUCCAUUGACAGCUACUCUAGUUCCUGGCGUCAAGGGAAACCUCACAGAGGUCAACAUGGGUAAAAUUUACCACUCCCAUAAGUACGAUGACGUCAGCUAUGCGCCUGAUGGCUUCUAAUAACCUGGCGACAUUGAGUUGGGUGGCGCCUCAUGAUGCCCGCAUGUUUGAUGCCUGUUAUCCAGUACAUGAGAGGACCAAGAGCCUGUAUAUAACUCUAAUAUCCUAAUACAGGACACAAAUAUGUAAUAUAAACAAUAAAGUAUCUUUUCCUCAUAUAUAAAAUCGUCACAAGCUCAUGUGCUAGUGAGACAAAGAUCAGCAUCUCUCCCUAAUAAAUCUUAUAUCCUCUGUCUUAACAACUCUCCCACUUCCUUAUCCUCGUUCGAGUCCCCGCCGCCUUAGCCAUAGAUUAACGCGAACGUGGAAAGUUAAUUCCUGCUUUAUUGUUCU